GUAUGUACAUAAGAGUUUAGAUACUCCGUAGAUUAUAUACUCCGUAUAAAGUGAAAGAACUUCAUAAUGAAUCAAUGUAAUAUAUAAGGCGGUCGUCUCUAGGGUUCUCCUAGCAGGUAGUCCCGGCGGCGAGAUCGAUUCGCCCGUCCGGUGAGUUUUCUGUGAGUUUAGGAAUUCUGUUCGGUGGUGACCUUGGUCUUCUCGAGCAUCGUUUGUUUUCCUCUGAGCCUGGUUUUAGUUGACAAUUUCGACUCUGUGGCUUUCGGCCUGUUCUUGCCGUUCCCCCUGGGAUUGUUGCACGCCCGGCGAAGAGUCUGGUAGAGCAGAUUGUGUUGGUGGCUAUUGAGGAAGAAUGAGCAUUACAAGCUGGAAUUGCAGGGGUUUGGAUAACCCAGCCACGAUUCAAUGCCUUAGUGAUUUGAUAAAUGCCAACAGACCAUCAAUUGUUUUUCUAAUGGAGACCAAAGUACGCUGCCAACGAGCAAAAAACAUAAUACGGCAUCAAGGUUUUCCUGAUUCGUUCGGGGUGGAUAGCGAAGGGCAGAGUGGAGGUCUACUACUCGGCUGGAGUGAUGAUGUUGAAGUGGAGAUAAUGAGGAAUGGCCAGAAUUUUGUUGAUUGCAGAGUUAUUCUCAAGGCGAAUAAUAUCCCAUGGCGGCUAACAGGAUAUUAUGGCUUUCCGGAAACUAGACGGAGAAGAGAGGCAUGGGCUUUGAUGGAGGAACUGGCAGCUGAAAAUAAUGAUCCGUGGUUGAUGAUCGGUGAUUUCAAUGACAUCCUUUUUGACUCGGAAAAGAAGGGUCGUAUUCCUCACCCUCCCUGGAGAAUACGGGGCUUUCGAGAGGCUGUUUACGGAUGUGGCCUACGAGACUUCCCAUUUUCGGGCUAUCAAUGGACCUGGGAUAGAGGCAAGGGCACGUCGCAUUGGGUGGAGGAAAAACUCGAUCGUAUUUUGGUGAAUGAUGCAUGGUGGGAUAUGUUCCAGGAGGCUCAAGCAAUGUCGGUGGAAGCCCCGGCAAGUGAUCAUAUGGCCCUGCAUAUGAAGGUUAAAAUCUCAAACCCAAACAAUAGAAAAAAGAGAUUUAAGUUUGAAAAUAAUUGGGUUCAUGAAGAAGAAUGUAGAGUGGUGGUGUCGAAUAGCUGGGGGGCGGCUACCCAUAUGGCUAUUAAUGAAAAAUUAUUUUUUUGUGGGACUGAAUUGUUACGGUGGGACAGAGGAAGGAGGCGGGGGUUUAGACAGCAGAUUAUUGCGUGUAAAAAAGGCUGGCAUGGUUGCGGGGGAAGGAGGAUAGAGCUAGUGUUCUAGAAUUUCUGAGAGUCCGAGCUACGCUACAAGUGUUGUUGGAGAAGGAAAAUCUUUUUUGGAAGCAGCGAGCCAAAGAGUUCUGGCUUCGAGAGGGGGACAUAAAUUCUCGUUUUUUCCAUAAUGCUGUCAAACAGAGAAGAAGGAGAAAUAAAAUGACUGGUAUCCGGAAAGCGGAUGGGUCGUGGAUUACGGACAGGGGUGAGCUGGGGGCAUCUGUCUUGGAUUAUUUUUUAUCUCUUUUUCAGGCUUCGGGGAGAACCAGCACCAGAGAUAUUCGUGGAGAUUUUGUUCAAGUUACGAAUGAACAAAAUAAUAUGUUGACUAGGCCUAUUAGUCCAGAGGAAGUUAAGGCGGCAAUUUUUGACAUGCACCCGGAGAAGGCGCCGGGGUCAGAUGGCAUGAAUCCAGCUUUCUUUCAGGCAUAUUGGGAUAUUGUGGGCCCGGAGAUUUCAGCUUUAUGUGCCACUAUGUUUGAGACAGGUAAGUUGGCGGAUAACAUUAAUAUUACGAAUAUUGUUCUCAUUCCUAAAAAAGAGAAACCGGAGGACAUGGGCGACUGGAGACCAAUUGCGUUGUGCAAUGUGGUUUAUAAAAUUUUUUCUAAAGUGUUAGCUAACAGGAUUAAGGGUAUUUUGAGCUCUUUAGUUGGGGAAAGCCAAAGUGCUUUUAUACCAGGACGAUCUAUUAUUGAUAACAUCAUUGUUGCCUUCGAGACUCAACAUUUUUUGAGGAGGAAAAAUACUGGAAAGGAGGGUUUUAUUGCCCUUAAACUUGACAUGAGUAAGGCAUAUGAUCGAGUGGACUGGGAUUUUUUGGAAGGAAUUUUGAUUAAAAUGGGAUUUUGCGACCGGUGGGUGCAUAUGGUAAUGGAGUGUGUCAGGACGGUCAACUAUUACAUCCAGUUUGACGGUGAUUUUUUGGGGCCUGUCUAUCCGGGUAGGGGCUUGCGCCAGGGGGACCCCCUAUCCCCCUAUCUAUUUAUUCUUGUUGCUGAGGGGUUGAGUGCUUUGAUUAGAAAAGCGGAACAGAGGGGAAACAUUCACGGAGUGGCGGUCUGUAGAGGGGCCCCACGUGUUUCUCAUUUAUUUUUUGCUGAUGAUAGCUUUUUGUUCUUUAAAGCUUCAGGUCAUGAAUGUAAUGCUGUUAAGGAGAUUUUGCAAGAGUAUGAGGAAACUUCUGGGCAGGCGAUUAAUUUUUCCAAGUCUACGGUAACAUUCAGCCAGAACGUUAUUGACACCUUUAAAAAUUAUUGUUGUACUUUUUUUGGAGUGCCGCAGGAGGGAGGGCAUCAGAAAUAUCUGGGGCUACCGAGUAUUAUUGGGAGAGGAAAAUCAGCUAUUCUUGGCUUCAUUCGAGAGAGAAUUUUUAAUCGAAUUAAAAGCUGGAAUAAUAGAUUUUUAUCUCGGGCAGGGAGGGCUGUGUUGUUGCGGAAUGUGGUGCAAGCUAUGCCUACUUAUGCCAUGAAUGUAUUUCUGUUACCCCGAGAUUUAUGUGAUGAAAUCGAAAAACUUAUGAAUGGGUUCUGGUGGAAAGGCACUAAGUUUGAACAGAGAGGUAUCAGGUGGCGCAGGUGGGAGCUCAUGUGUAAGCCGAAAGGUAUGGGAGGCCUGGGGUUCAGGAAAUUGAGGGAAUUUAACAUUGCCAUGCUGGCAAAGCAAGGAUGGAGGCUUCUUUCAAAUCCGGAGAGCUUGAUGGCGCGGGUUCUUAAAGCAAGGUAUUUUCCUAAUUCGGAGUUUUUAAAGGCCAAGAUGGGUAAUAACCCGUCCUAUGUCUGGAGAAGCAUUUUUGAGACCCAAGAAGUACUAAAGGAGAACAUUCGAAGGAGAGUUGGGAACGGGAGAGAGGUUCAUGUUUGGGCGGAUGCUUGGCUACCUGGACCCGGGGUUGGUAGGGUCCAAUCAGCCAAACCGCCUGGUAUUGCUGAUAUGAAUGUCGCAGCCUUGAGAGAUAGUACUGGGAAGAAGUGGAAUACUGAAAGAAUUGCAGCUAUAUUUAAUAAUGAAGAAAGAAAAAUUAUUUCAAGUAUUCCUAUUAGUUUGCAGGAUAAACAAGAUGGCUUCUGGUGGAGUAAAGAGAAUAAUGGGAUUUUCUCGGUUAAGAGCUGCUAUAGGGUUCUUAUGCAGGGAGGGGAAGGUGGGGGAUGGAACGGCUGGAAAGAUUUAUGGGAGUUAAAAAUCCCACCAAAAAUUAAAUAUUUUCUUUGGCAGGUUUUAGAUGGAUCUCUCCCUUCACUGGUGAAUCUUGUACGAAAAGGAGUACCAAUCCAGAAUAGCUGCAAAAUUUGCUUGCAGGGUGAAGAAACGUCGGAGCAUGCUCUGCGAUCCUGUCCGAGAGCGGCUGAAGUGUGGAUGGAGGCGGGCAUAGCUACUGGUAAUGGUGAAGUCACGUUGGAGGUAUGGCUUCAAAACUUACUCUCUGUACCGGAUAAGGAGAAGCGGUGUAAAGUUGCUAUGUUGGUUUGGGGCUUGUGGAAGCGUCGUAAUGCUCUAGUCUGGGAAGGAAAGUGGCAGAGCUCGGCUAGUGUUAUUAGUUGCUGUUCGAGUAUGUUGUUAGCAUGGAGGGAGGCUCAACAGUCUGCAGCAAGGUCAUCGAGCCAGGCAAGGAGGGACGACCAGAGGUGGAAGCGGCCGAGCGCAGGAGUAAUAAAGAUCAAUGUUGAUGCAGCGGUUGACAUUACACGAGGAGUGCGAGCUUGGGGCUGGAUUGCAAGGGAUGAUCAGGGUGAUUUUGUGAAAGCAGGAGGGGCUUCAUGCAAAGCGGAAUGGUCUCCGGCGGAAUCGGAGGCAAUGGGUCUUCGGGAGGCUGUCCUGGCAGGAAUUUCAGAGGGAUGGGAUAGGGUGGAAAUAGAAACUGAUGCACAAAUAGUAGUUCGAGGGGUCCAAAGUAGUGAGGGUGCGGCAUACAUCGAUCUGAUUCUUGACGAUAUACGUUGUUUAGUUCAGACAAAGAGUAAUUAUGUUAUCUCUUUUUGUAAGCGAUCUGCGAAUCAUGCGGCUCAUGCUCUAGCAAGAACGCAUGUUACUAUCUCAGAUCAUAGUAGCAGUUAUGAUUCUAUUCCGGAUUGUAUUGUAAGCCACGUGGCGAAUGACUUGUUGAAUUAAUGAAAGAUGUUGAGUCCCGG